UCGAUACCGUGAGUUAGACGAAACGGAAGCUGACUCAAACAUGGCGGCGCCUCCACCGCCAGAAGUUGUUCGGGGCCAAGCAUUCGAUGUAGGACCUCGCUAUACGAAUCUCAGUUAUAUAGGAGAAGGGGCUUAUGGAAUGGUUUGUUCAGCGCUGGACAAUGCCACAGGACAGAGAGUCGCUAUCAAGAAAAUUAGUCCUUUCGAGCACCAGACUUACUGUCAACGGACAUUGCGAGAGAUUAAGAUAUUACGUCGAUUUAAACACGAGAAUAUCAUCGGAAUAAUGGACAUAAUCCGCGCUCCAAACAUGGAUGACAUGAAAGAUGUCUACAUUGUUCAGAGCCUGAUGGAAACAGAUCUGUACAAGCUACUUAAGACACAGAAAUUGAGCAACGACCACAUCUGUUACUUCUUGUACCAGAUCUUGCGUGGACUGAAGUACAUCCACUCAGCCAAUGUGCUUCACAGGGAUUUGAAACCAAGCAAUCUCUUGCUGAACACAACUUGUGAUCUCAAGAUCUGUGACUUUGGCCUGGCACGUGUAGCUGAUCCUGAACAUGAUCACACUGGUUUUUUAACUGAGUAUGUUGCAACAAGGUGGUACAGAGCGCCUGAGAUCAUGUUGAACUCCAAAGGCUACAGCAAGGCUAUCGACAUCUGGUCUGUGGGCUGCAUUCUGGCAGAGAUGUUGUCAAAUCGCCCUCUGUUUCCAGGAAAGCAUUACCUUGAUCAGUUGAACCGCAUUCUUGAAGUCUUGGGGUCACCAUCACAGGAUGAUUUGCAGUGUAUUAUGAAUGAUAAGGCACGUAGUUAUAUCCAGUCUUUAGCCUACAAACCAAGAGUUCCAUGGCAAAGAUAUUUUGGUGGAGCUGACAACAAAGCUAUAGAACUGUUAGAUAAGAUGCUAACUUUCAAUCCUGACAAACGGAUCACAAUAGAGGAAGCUCUGGCACACCCUUACCUAGAGCAGUACUAUGACCCACAAGAUGAGCCUGUGGCUGAGGAGCCAUUUAGAUUUGAAACUGAGUUGGAUGAUCUUCCUAAAGAAAAACUUAAAGAACUUAUUUUUAUGGAGACUGCCAGUUAUCCAGAGUCACCUUACCUAGGUGACUUUCACCUUGGACAGCAGUGAGGCAUAGAAUGUGAUAUUUGAAGAGGAAGACCCACUUGUACAACU